AUGUCUCGCAACGUUCGACGAAAAUUCUCCACGACCCCGGUCAAGGCCACCAAGCGGCGCCGCCGGGUUUCCGAUACCUCGUCCUCCUCCUUCGACCUCUCGGACGAGGGCGGUUAUUCGGCCGUCGAGGAUAUCAGCGACUCCUCUGAUGAUGACGAGGAGGAUGUUGCUGCGGCCGAGGAGGAGAACAUUCUCGAGGAGUCGAAUGUUCCAACCCCAACCGCUCCUCGGCCGCGCCUGAUCCUUGACGAGGAUCCCGAGAUUGCAGAUGAUGCUGAUGAUGAUGAUGACGAUGACGACGAUGACGAUGAUGAUGGCCUCGAUGCCGACGCCGAUGAGGAUGAUACCGGCAGCUGGGCUGGCAUCAUGUCCGAGGUCGACGAGAGCAACGUCUCCGACUUCUUCCAGGAUGCCAAUGCCUUUGGCUCCGAUACCCCUGUCGAGCGCCACGUUCACUUCGACGUGCCCUCCAGUGACUCUGAUUCCACUGAUACAGAAGAUGAUCAUGCCGACCUCUUCCCAGACAUUUUUGUCUCCCAGAACGCUCUCGACCCUGCCUUCCGUCGGGAGAUUGAGAACGACCCCAACGAGUCAUCCGACUCUGGUUCUUUCUGGGACUACAGCUACAGCCAUAACCAACCUGACUCGGAUGCCGAGGAGGUUGUCCGUCAAUUGUCUGAUGAUGACACUCCAACUGCUACUCCAAUGGCUUCCCAGCCUGCCACCGUUGCCUCGACUCCUGUGCCCGCUUUUGAAGAGCCACAGGAGCUGGAUGGCUAUGAGACUGAUGGCGAUACCACCGAAGAAGACAUUCCUGAGCCUCCUGUCCGUAGAAAGACUCGUCGCCCUUCCCAUCCCAUGAGCGACAUGUCCGAUUCCGACACGGACAGCCCGGUCAAGUCCCAGCGUGGCCAACCCCGUGUUGGUCGCUUCAACUUGGACCGAUCCGACAGGAAGCCCAUCGCUGUCCUAAACCCUCUCACCCGGAAGAUGAUGAUCUUUACUCCCCACCGCCGCCGCCAGCUUGAUCUGUCACCGGAGCAAUUCCAUUUCCCGUGGCCCAUGGAGAUGGAGGAGCAAUCAUCUCCCAUCCUGAGCAACUCGGCCAACAUGAUGCUCAGCGCCAUGUUCUCUUCCAACACCUUUGGCGACUUUAUCAACACACAAGCCAUGGGUCCUGCCGAGGCCUUCUUCCCCUUCCCAUCCGAGGCCAACACUGCCGACGAAAGUUCCUCGGCCAGCUUACACGACGACGAGGAUGAUGCGGAGAAGGGGCUGGAUAUUAAUGAUUUCAUCAUGUGGGACGACGGUCACUCUUCAGGUGACGAAGGCGAGGGUGAAUGGAACCCGGCAUCAACCCCUGCUCGUCCCAGCACAGCUGGAAGUGAGGUCGAAGUCUUGUCGCAUCUCAACUCUGAGACUGUCGGCGCGUUCCGCCGCAACCAGAUCAACCAACAACUCAUCCUAAGCAACCAAGCCACACAGGAUUCACUAGCAUUCAGUGGACCAUACAACUACACUGCUCUCAAGGGGCUCAAGUCGGACCGCUUCGACACUGCCGCAGUACCCCUGACACCAAUGCGACGGCACAAGAGACACUUGAGCGACGCCGCACGAAGUCCCCUAGAUUCCGUGUCCGCAAAGCGCAAGGCCUCCGGCGACACCAACAACAACCACAAGAGGCACCGAAGCAUCUCAGACGUGAACUUCCUGCGCAUUUGA